AUGAUAUUGACAGAAACAGAGGUGUCACUGGCUUAUCGGUCAGGCCAUGCAUCACCUGCAUGCUGCGUCAUGAGGUUCCUACCUGUUGAACAUGCAACGAAAUUUCGUUAUAACGCGUUUUCUGGACUCCAUUAUUAUUUAAUAGUGGCAAACAGAAGUAAAGCAGUGCCGGACGACAUGGCAUUUCUAGCGAAGCUUUCGAGGUUUUUUCUAGAGGCGGGGGUCAUUGCAGACAGAGAAGCUCUUCCAGGAAUGAAGGCCGUCACAUUUGGUGACCGAGAUUUUUUAGUGACGACUCAAGUGGACAAAGAACAAAAAGCAGCGACGAUCAAGUCUUUCUUUUUUCUUGUUGUUAUUUCUCUUUUUCUUUUUACUUUUCUGGGUUGUAUGGUUGCCAGAAGAAACAAUCGAAGGCUACAUAUAGAAGAUGAAGAACAGCAGAUGCUGAUAGGAAAUGCUGCUGAAGCAAAUACCGGCUCUGACCUUGUUGUAAUUCAGCAGAACCAGUUUGAGAUCGAAGCAAAUAGAGCCGUCGACGACAUCCAUCAUGAUCAGGCACACCGCAGAGAUUGUUUAUCUACUUUCGAAGCAAAGUACACUCUCGGGACUCAGCUUGCCCUCGCCAACUUCCUCCUAGAGAUUCCUUCAGCUGUUUUGGACCAGAUUGCAUCGGAGGAUUAUGUUCUCAUUGUGAUGUUAAUAUCCCUCACAUCAAUGCUUGUUUGCCUUGUUGAGCUUGUCUGCAGAGGAAGGAAGGAAAAAAUCACAUGGAGUUGCAGUAGUACCGGAAGAAUACCGUGGUUUUAUCAUCCACCUCCUCCAAGUAACAAGCCUUUCGGCACACUGGCGGAAAUGAUUGGAUUGGCUUGUGCUAUAGCUCAGUGUAUCGUUACAACAAUUAAUUAUUCUUUGUACCCUCGACAUCAUGCUGCCACUAUUAAAUUCUGUUUUUGGCCUAUGAUAUUCGGUUUUGGUAUGUUGUGUUCUAAAUUUGUGGGGAAGCCAAAUGAGGAUGGAGGGGGAACCAGGACGGAUCAAGAUGGGGGCGAUGUUACCCUUAAUCAAGCAAGCGUGGAUCAGCCAUUAACGCCAGCUCAAUUACAACAAUAAGGGGCAGAGCUGCUGCCAUCUACAAAUUUUUAAUCUUUUUCCACUAUUUAAACAGCAUUGUUUAGCUAUAGACUUUGUAAAUUUUGGCUGUGAUAUAUAUUAUACAGAUGAUUCCUUUUGU